AUGCCUCCCCGAAGCAUCGACCGCACCUUUUACGAACACCUGCGAGACGCCUUCAUCCACCUCAUAAUCUCCACUCUCCCAUCUGAGGCCCGAAAUCAUCUCCUCUACCUCACCCCUCCCCCUGACAUCCUCGAAUACGGCUGCUGGUGCUUCAGGCCCAAUGAGCCCAGCCUGCAUGACUACACAAACUGUCCUAAUAUAAAAGAAGGCCCUUAUCCGAACAUCGUCGAAAGCGGUUCCCGCCCCCUCCAAUGCAAUCAUGUCACCCUGAAAGGUCUUGCUAGUCGCAAACACAACCUCUUCUGCUUCGACCCAGUUGAGUCCGCGGAGAUCUUCAUAAAUUGGUUCAUGCAGCCGUCCCCGAUUCUCGACGGUCACGAUGGGCUCCUCCGCAAGCAGCGCGAAGAUAUCCAGGAACGCCUCAGUCAAUACGAGGCGUUAUGUCCUGACAGCGCAUCGAAAGGACAUCGGGAAGAGAAGCUCGAUGUGCUGUAUAGAUUGCUGAGGGAUUUGCGGGCGAGGGACCUCCCGUAUGAGGCGCGAAUGGGGCAUGGUUCGUGGCACGUGGAGAGAGUGAGGGCGGUGCUUGGUUGGCAGAAUAAGAGUUUCGACGAGUGCUUGGGAAAUCUGUCCUGGGCCAUGAAAGAGAUUGGUGCUGGGACAUUGCAUGUGGAAAGUGCGAGGGCGCGGGCGAGGAAGAGAGCGUUGGAUGAGGCGAUGAAGAGAGCGAGGGAGGAAGAGAGUAUAGGCUGGGGGCAGGAGCUGAGAGCAAGGGAAGAUGUAGACAGGAGAGCGAGGGAAGAGGCGAGGAGGGUAGAAGCAGACAGGAUAACGAGGAGGGAAGAAGCUUAUAGGAGAGCAAGGGAAGAGGCGAGGAGGGAAGCGGCGGCGAGGAGAAUAAGGGAAGAGGCGAGGAGGGAAGAGGCAAGGGAAGAGGCGAGGAGGGAAGAGGCAAGGGAAGAGGCGAGGAGGGAGACGGCGAGGAGGAGGGCGAGAUACGACGCAGAGAGGAGAGCGAGGGAAGAUGAGGAUAGGCCACACUACCGUUCUCGAGGACAUUCAAGGAGACGUUAG